UUUUUUUUCUUCCUUGUGAAUAAAAGCCAAAUUGCAGAUGAAUUCUGAAAAGUGGGAACAGCUUAAGAACGAGAUUCAUACCAAAUGCGUUGCAUAUGACUACAGUGACAUUAAUGACAGCUCACUUGCUAUCUUCAUUACAAACUUGGUUCGUGUUGGAAAGACAUUUGAAGAAGUGAACAGCGAGUUACUCUCAAUGAUUGGUGGAGAUUACGAUUCGAAUGUGACAGAAUGGUUGUUUAGUAGAAAAAAUGAGCUGGAAACUAGCGGCUCAACUGCGGAACAAUCCAACGGUCAGGAGCUCCCAAAUCAAAAGGAGCAAGUUUUAUCUGAUCAUGAGGAACUAGUUGAUUCAAGCAAACCAGAACAGACACAAUUCGAACCGCAGCAGCUGAAUCAGAAGCAACCAGAAGAACAGAAUGAGGAACAGCCAAGAGAUACCUCAACGCAUGUUGAAAGACCUAAGAGUAGGAUUUUUAAUCAUGCUAUUGGAGCGCUAAACCCAGAAAGACGUAUAGAGCAAACCACAAACAAGAGACAAGUACAAAGUCGUCAUGCUGAUCCGAUGCGUGAUCGUUCACGGUCUCCUGUUCGUCGUUCUGCUCGCAAUGACCGAUAUAAUAGAUCUCGUUAUGAACAGCGUGAUGGACGCCUUGACAGCCAUAGAACUGUACAGAUUUUGCCACGUAACGCUAGAGAUGAUGGUAGUUCCAAGGGUGAAAGACCGAGCGUUUUCGAUCGUUUAGGUCCCCGGUCCACGGCUCGACAAUUGGACAACAGCCGCAAUGUGGAAUCAGAUGAUCAACAUGUUCGAUAUGAGAGAUCACAAUUAGAACAAGCGGAAGAGGUCCAAUCAAUGGAUACUGAUACACAUAUGGAAAAGCCGACUGUACACAAUAUAAAAGAACGUUGCAAGUAUUGGCCAACUUGUAAAAAUGGAGAAAACUGCCCUUACUUUCAUCCUACAAGGAUCUGCCCUAAGUUUCCUAACUGUCCUAAACCAGCGGCUGAAUGCACGUUCAUCCAUCCUGAAACUGACAUGCCACCACAAAUGGCUCAGCCUAUGAUGGCCAAAAUACCCGUUCCCUGUAAAUUUUUUCCAUAUUGUGCCAACCCAGUAUGCCCAUAUAUACAUCCGAUAUUUUCGCCACAAAACCAGCAAGCAGCAUACUUCAUGCAGUAUCAACCUAACCAGCCACCAACUGGCCACCGUGUUCCAAUAUUAUGCAGGAAUGGCGAUGCAUGUACACGACCCGGAUGUCGCUUUUCACAUCCAAAAGACCCUAAUCCUGUUUCUGAGAUUAUUUGUAAGUUCGAUGGCGCCUGUACCAGACCGAAUUGCUUCUACAAGCACACCAAGCAAAAUACUACAUCACAUAACAAAGUUCUCGUCAACAAGCCAGAAACUAGUGAGAGGCAAUUUUCAGUACCUGAAGAUCAAGUCGAAGAACGAAUUAUUGUAGGUGAAAGUGCUGAUCUCAUAUCUCAACAACAAGAUGAUCAGCAACAGCAAAAUCAACAGCAAUAACAUUGUAAUUUAAAUAUAAAGUUUAAUUCAUAUACAAUUCGGAUCUAGUUGUUGAAAUAAAACUAAAAGGCUGCUCUACAUCAUUUUGGAAUAUCAAAGUGAGUCUUAUCGUAAUGAGCGAUACAUGGAGUGUUUUGUGUUUUUAUUUGAAAUUUUAGCUUUUACUACUGAACAAUACUUUUGAACGUAUAUUGCUAGAUAUCAAUUGUAUGCUCC